CUCUUUUUGGAAAGUUAUUUAAUUUUUUGUAAAACAUCUGAAAUUAUUAAUAAAAAAUUAAAAGAUACACUCGUUUUUUUGAUUCCUAUUUUUAGAAAUGCUUUUAAAUUAAGAAGACAAGCAUAUUUAUCUUUCGAAUAUAGAAAAACAUUAUAGUUACACAAUUACACCUAAUUUGAUAUGUUUAAAGAAUUCUUAUCGUCUUUAAUGCCAGAUAUAUUUAGCAAAUUGUAUAUGAUCCAAUUUCAACCAAAUAAUCUUUCAAAUAAAACAAAAUAUUUAAAUAGUAACAUAAUGUUUGUUUGAAGUACUUUACACAUUUUAUUGGUUAAAGCAUUAUAUUGUUAUUAAUUAAAUUGUUUAAUUAACAAAUUUAGUACCCAACGAAAUAUGAUUGAAAACGCUUGUAGUGAAUAUAAUUCAUAAAAAUGGAAAUUUUUAAAAUUAGUGGUGAAGAAAGAGAAUCUCAAAAACAAAAUGAAGAUACUGAGCAAAGUCAUUCUCCUGCAAAAUUUGAAGAAGCAAUUGCUGCAACAGGAUUUGGUAAAUACAACUAUUUUCUGCUGAUGGCAGUUGCCGUUCCUUGCAUAAAUCAACUACUAUGUACUGUCGAACUGUCGUAUGUAACUCCUGUAGCACAAUGUGAUUUAAAUCUAACAUUAGAAGACCGUGGUGCACUGAAUGCCAUAACGUUCGCAGGUAUGAUAGCCAGUGGAUUCUUGUGGGGAUAUUUCUGUGAUGCAUUGGGCAGGAAAAAAAUAGUUGUUUAUGGUUAUCUCUGUAGCGGUAUAUUUGGACUUAUUGCUGCUUCAUCUAUGAAUAAAACCACUUUAAUAACUGCAAAGUUUAUGUUAGGAUUGGUUAUGAAUGGUCCAUUUGCGGCAACGACUUCUCAAAUAACAGAAUUUCAUUCAACAAAAUACAGAGGACUGGUCAGUAUAUCGCGAGGAAUCUUUUUCAGCAUAGGUAAUCUCAUAAUACCACUUAUGUCAUGGGCAAUCCUACCAAGACAUUGGGAUUUUAAAAUCUUCAACUAUUUUGAAUUUCACUCUUGGAACGUAUUUUUGUUAAUGUGUACACUAUCUACAUUUCUAAGUAGUUUAGUGUACACGUUUAUACCGGAAAGUCCAAAAUUUUUAAUGACUGCUGGACGAAAUGAUGAAGCCUUAAGGAUAAUGCAGAAAGUGUUUUCUGUCAAUACAGGAAAACCCAUGGAAGAAUUUCCGAUAAAAGCCUUGGAAGAGGAAGUAAUAAAUAAUCCAACGAAAAAAGUGACCGUUAACAAAAAACUUAAGCAAGAAUUAAAAGAAGUAGUCCAUAUAUUUCAUCGACCACAUAUUACCAACUUGGCAUUAGUAUGUUUCAAUGUGUUUACUCUGGUUAUGAGUUUAAAUACUCUUAAGCUAUGGCUUCCUGGAAUAUUUCAGUCGAUAAGUGAUUACACAAAUGUCCACAAUGGUACUGGUGCCAGUAUGUGCAUAAUGUUGGGAGAGAUGAUUCCUGUAAAUGUAUCUUCUACACAAGAAUGUUCAGUUGAUAGAGACAAUAUAUCUGUCUACAUAAACACAUUUAUAGUAGCCUUUACAAGAAUACUUGCCUUUGGCGUAUCUGGUACAUUUCUAAGAUUGCUAGGCGUUAAAACCAUGAACAUUAUUUGCUGUUAUAUUAGCGGAAUACUUAUGUUAUCAAUAUAUUUGGCAUACGACGAACUUAUAGUUACUAUUCUAGCAGCAAUUGGAACUAGCAUAGGAAGCGUAGGAGAAAAUAUGCUAAUAAUGCUUACUUUGGAAAUGUUUCCAACUAAUUUAAGAACUAUUGCCAUAUCUAUACACUUUACUUUGGGGCGAAUUGGUACGCUUACAGGAAAUAUUGUUUUUCCAUACUUGAUGCAUUUGGGAUGCUUACCACCAUUUUUAUUUGUUGGAGUAUUUGCAAUGGUUUGUGCAACUACGUCGUUCUUGUAUUCCAGCAUUGAAAAUAAACCUUUGGAAUAAAUUGUGAUACUUAUAUUAAAAC